CACGAGCCUCUUCCCUCGCCGCGCGGGGAUGGAGGAGAAGGCCUCUGAGCGCGGAGAGGGAAGUGCGCCUGCGCGAGGCUCCGAAGGAUGUGCGCAUGCUUGGUCCACGUGAGCAUGCGCAGGGGUGCUCCUUCGUCCCCGCGGGCGCCCUCUCGUGGCAAAAUGGUGUCGGGCGCCCUGCAGCUCGAAACCAAGCUAUGCGAGGCACUGCAGGGCGGGGAAGACGCGAUGGUGGAAACCCUCCUCCGGCAGGGUGCUGACCCCAACCGGGUGCUGUCCGGGGGGAUCGCCGCCAUCCACCUGGCAGCCGGCACGGAGCAAGUGAGCGGGAUCCGUUGCCUCGCCCGCAUCCUCCAGUACGGUGGAGACCCCAACGUCAAGUCCGUCGACGGUCUCACCCCCUUGCAUGUCGCAGCCUCCUGGGGUCACGACACCCGCUUAAGGCUCUUGUUGAUGGAAGGAGGGAACCCCUGGCUUGAAGACCAGGAAGGGAACACGGUUCUCGAUCUGGCUCAGAAGCACAGGAACGAGGCGUGUGUCCAGACGCUGUGUGGCAUCCUGGCAGAAAUGGAGGAAGAACCGAGCAGCUGGAUGUGUAAGAGUUCUGAAGGAGCCCAGCGAAGAGCAGAAAGCUUUCUCUCCACGGUGACUGAAGACACGUGGGAGGCUGGAGGGGCUUCGGAGUUUUAUGGACCUUCUGUCCCAUUUGGCAGAACCCCAGAGCGCGAGAUGGUUCACCCCCUCGGACCGCAGAGCUGUUUCUUUCCCUCCGUUGCUGCCACUUCUGAGAGGGGGGGCACCUCAGAGAAUGGCCUGGAUAAACCUGCUUCUUUGGAGGACUGGCCCCUUUCGUCUUUUCUGACCGAGUGUUCCUGGCAAGACAUGACCUGGCAUGAGCCGGGGGGCCUCCCCCCUCACUUGGCACCUCCGAGAGACCCUCCCGUUUCCUCCGUGGGGAAGCAAGCUUCGGAGGGUUCUGUGGGAAAUGCGGUCCAGGGCACCAAGCUACCAGCGCGCAGGGUGGAGGAGGCAUCUGUUGAGACAAGACGCUCUUGUUCUGUAGAAAACUCUAUAGAUGAACAAGGUGGUUUAUCCUCGGAUCCCAGUGGCGUCCCUCUCCAAGCCACCUUGAGCCGCUCUGAGUCUUGUCCACCUGGAGCGAACCCUGAAAUCCCAAGCGCUCCCGGAUCCCAGGAGAUCCCCAAGCUCCCUCUGGCUUGCACGGAGGACCCUGAAUGCAAAACUGAUUCUGAGAGGCGGGACGCCGAUGCCACCCUCAACCUGACGCAGUACAGCAGUUUCCUUGACCCAGAUCUUGUGGUCAAGCUCGGUCACCAGGAGGGGCUGGAUGUCACCUCUCCUGACCACGUCUACCUCUUCUCCCGGGCCAACCCCGUACCUGUGUCCGACCUGGAGAAGACUCUGGUUGCUCCAGCGUUUCAGCCUGGCAGAGAGCAGGGUGGGUGCUCUGAGGCAGCGGAGCCGUGUGGCCGGGGCUCGGAUGGAGGUGGCCUCAGUCUGUACGCUUCCUGCCACAGCGAGUGUCACGUGAGCGGCACAGAUACUUCCAGCUACAACCAGGCUCACAAAUCUGGGGAGCAGAAAGCCAGCUUUGCCCGUUUGGCAGACUGUUCCGGCACCCCUUUGCUAGGGCUGUUGUGCCGUGGUUUGUGUUGUGAAGCAGCAGCGUCGCCCCCUCUUUUCUCUCUCGAUGAAUCUGAAGACGUGGGGCCCUUGCAGAGAGGCACCUGUGAUAGAGAAGCAUCUUCUGGGCCAAACCCUAAGAAGGAGUCCCUAGAUUCUCGGUCCCAGGGAAGUGUGAGCGAGGGGGGUCCCUCCCCCCUCUCUCAAGACAAGGCACACUCACGGUCUGCUUCACAAAAGGAGGGAAAUGGGGACCUGAACACAAGGCCAUUUCAGGAUCGCACAACACCGCAAGCUGAGAGCGAGGACCUUCCAGAAGGUCCCCCUUUGCCAAGAGGCGAGGGAGUCGCUGCUGAGAAACCACGAGGGGAAGAUGGGAGAAGGACGGUGCCCGACGGGUGGGCAGCCUUGGGUGAGGAGAAGAAGGGAGAGGCCGAGUCAGGUGGUGUCUCCAUGAGCACCCAGAUCGUGUUGGAGAAGACUCUGUGGGCUCAGGACACAGGGCUCAUCCAGAGGCCGUCUGGAGACACAAACGCUUCCCCCAGUUGCGGGAGUACCGUCUUGCCCGGACCGAGUGAGGACGCAGGACCUACCAUACCCAUCUUAGAUCAGCCAGCAAGCGAUGCGGGAGAAGAGCCCUCCAGCCUGGAGGCCAAGUUGCGGGCGAUGAUGCUGGCAACCAAAAUCCGCCACUUACCCCUGGUCCAGUCGAACGGCGGUCCCUGCCACGUCACAGUCCAGACAACCACUUUGGCCACACUGGACAGCAGUGGCUCUUCCUCUCUCUUCGAGGAGACCCUGGAGAUGCCGAGGCGUCCACCGCGGGUGAGGAGCCCCGAGGCGAAAGCUCUGAGCACCGGCCAAACGCCACGUGGGGCUGCUGUCCUAAACGGGACUGACCCUCCAAGAAAAGAGAUGGGUGAGCGGGAAAAUGCGCCAUUCGUCUUCGCCAGCCCCAGCAGCCCUCAGCCAGGAUCGGGCCCCUCCGGUCUCCUUGCCAGCCCAGCUCUGCUGACAGAUGCUGGCAGAAGCUCCUGCUUCCAGCCGGAGGCCAAUGCCGGCGUGGGUUGCUUUGCAGAUUUGGACCCGAAGUCUCCUGCAGAGGAAAAGGAGCUGUCGCCUCUGAGCAGAGAGGAGGGUUGCACCUCUCUGGAAAGGGUAGCUGCCGCCCCUUCUUGGACGGAUCCUGAGUGGCCGGCGGUCCGAGGGGGUAAAGCCAAGGGGCCGCCCAGACCUUCGAGGGUGAGCUUCAGCAGGCUGUCUGCCGGAGGGUUGCCUUGCCUGCCAGCGGUGUCCACCGGUCAGCCCAGCAGGCGGAGCCCUGUCGUUCAGGCAGUCUCUCUGUCCCCAGGUGGGCGGCCCAUCCACGUGAGCACUGCCAAGCCGGUGGAGUACUUGUAUGUAGACGACGACCAAGGACACUCCCUCGUUGAGCGACACGUCCCUUGCAUGGAUGAUUCCCUGGCCGAUACCACUGCUGGCUCAGAAGACACCAUCAUUUAUGACUGGCGGGCCUACAUAGGCCAGGCGGCGAGACCAGCCCGCCAAGGGUCGAGUCCCCCACGAGCCGCCUCUGAGGCCGGCCGCCUUUCGGACGAGGCUCUGGUCCGCAAGCUGCGGGACCUCGGCGUCAACCCGGGGCCUGUGACCGGGCUCACGAGAAAGCUUUACGUGCAGCUGCUGGAGAAGCUGAUGAGCGACCCAAAGACGAAGGCCCGGAAAGCCACUUCAGGCUACAGCCCAGAGCUUUCGUCCGCUCUAGAGACCUACCAGAUUCCUGACGGCAAAAGGGACGAGAUGGCUCUGGCCGGACAGUUUGACCAGCCGGACAAAAGCAAGAAGUGGAGGGAAGGGCUGUUGAAAUCCAGCUUCAACUACCUGUUGCUGGACCCCAGGGUGACCCAGAACCUGCCCUUCCGCUCCCAGUUUCUCAGCCAGGCGGAAUGUUUUCGGACCUUCGUCAGCGCCAUCUUCUACGUUGGGAAGGGAAAACGUUCCCGGCCUUACAGCCACCUCUACGAAGCCUUGAAUCACUACAAAGGGAAAAGCCAAGAGAAACGAGUGUGUUCCAAAGUCCGGCACAUUCUGGAGAUCUGGGCCAGUGCGCAAGGGGUGGUCUCCAUGCACUGCUUCCAGAACGUCAUCCCAGUGGAAGCCUACACCAGGGAGGCCUGCAUGGUUGACGCCAUCGGGCUGAGGAUGCUGACGAAUCAGAAGAAAGGGAAUUACUACGGUGUCGUGGCCGGCUGGCCCAUGAAGAGGCGACGUUGCCUCGGUGUCCACCUGCUGCACCGGGCGAUGCAGAUCUUUUUGGCCGAGGGGGAGCGGCAGCUGCGCCCGGCGGACAUCCGAACGGGCCCGUGAUCGAGGGGCUCUGUGGAUGAUCUCUCCUUCGAGGCUGCCAUCCCACUCGGGGCUUGGCGUGACUGGCAUCAGAUCCUGUGAAUCGAUGAGAUUCUCUCCCACCCCCCACCCACCCUGACACACACACUGUGUUGAGUCCAUCAAGACAAGCCUUGGUUGUGUAGUUUUGGUGUUUUCUGUGAUGUGGGAUUUUCUCCCCUUCCAUCAGAAGGAUGGUCUGAACAAGGGUGGGUAUUGGUUUGGCACGUGGAACAAUCUGCCACUGGACUCCUGGUGCCAAGGCCUGGAGAAAAAAAAAUCAGUGUUUAGAAAAUAUUCCUGGCUGUGGUCCCUGAGGGGAAUGGGGGCAGUCAGGAAGGCGCAACGUUGGAUGUCCUCAUCGUGUGUGUUGCAAAAGACACAGUUAAUCACAACUUCGAGGGAAAGACCACAGAGACCACAGAGUUCUUUGAAAGAGGAACAGCCGGGAGUCCCUCUUGUGUUGUGCUGAGCUGGCAAGAGAUGCCAGACACCCUUCGCUGCAUUUUCGAGGGUUGUUUAGUAGCUGUUGAACUUUCGGGGGAAAAGAAUUCCAACCGGAAGCUUGCAAAAUCGUGUCUCUCUCUUUCUCCUUAAACGGAAUCUUCCGCACUUUCUCGUGCAGGAGCCGUUCUCGAGAACAGUUUUAUAUGUGGUAGCAGAAAUGGGUGGUUUUUUUUGUUUUUAAUGGUGUAAUGAAUGUGUUUGUAUUUUUAAAAAAUGUUUUUAUACUUGUCCGUUCGGUUCUUCUCCAGGUUCAUCAGGGAUUGGCAAAAUUAAAUGAGUCUGUUCAGAUCCAC